AUGCCGCUGGUCAAAAGAAACAUCGAGCCACGCCACCUCUGCCAGGGCGCCUUGCCCGAGGGCAUCGGCGGGGAGCUGGAGUACGUCACCAACAACUCCCUGUCUGCCAUCAUCCGCCAGCUCAGCUGCCUCAGCAAACAUGCAGAGGACGUGUUCGGAGAGCUGUUCGAUGAGGCCAACACCUUCUAUGUGCGCGCCAACUCCCUGCAGGACCGCGUCGACCGCCUGGCUGUCAAGGUCACCCAGCUGGACUCUAGCGUGGAGGAGGUGUCUCUUCAGGACAUCAACAUGAGGAAAGCGUUCAAGAGCUCCACCCUCCAGGACCAGCAGGUGGUGUCCAAGAGCACUACACCCACCUCCGUGGACCACCUGUACACCACCAGUGAACCGCCCCCGCCCCUUGGCGGCCUCAACGCCUUCAGAGAGGACAACGUGGAUGCCAUGAAGUUCUACACGGACCCGUCGUACUUCUUCGACCUGUGGAAGGAGAAGAUGCUGCAGGACACGGAGGAGAAGAAGAAGGAGCGGAGGAGGCUCAGAGAGCAGAAGCGCUUCGUGGACAGCAGCACGCUGCAGCGCGAGGCCAAGAAGGUGCGGAAGGCGGGGAACCGCCGGCAGGAGUGGAACAUGAUGGCGUUCGACAAGGAGCUCCGCCCGGACCCCCGCCGCGCCCAGAGCCUCCGGCGGGGGGGCUCGUUGGAGCGGUGUCUGUCCCCAGACGGCAGACGGGACCUCCCAGACUUCCCAGUGCCCCCCUGCCCGCCGCAUGCCAGCCAUCAUCCCAAGGGGCAUGGCUACGUGGCGGCCAACCCCUCGCCCCCCGCAGAGCACGAGUACCAGAGCAUCGAAGCACACCCCGGGGGCGGGGCUCCGGGAUACUCCAAAAAACGAAGUCACUCAGCUGAGCCAAUCAACGGCUUCCCUCUGCCACCUGUGGACUACAAGUCAGCAGAGUUCCCUCCCAGCUCCAGACACCCCCCCCCAGGUCCCUCCAUCCCCUCCACCCUGACUGCCUUCGCCUCUCCCGUGGGUGCUCUGCCCCCCACCCCUCACAUUGGCCCGGGCUACUCCCUCCCACCCAUACCUGCCCUGGGUAGUCGCAUGGCCGUGGUUCCACCCCCUCCCGGACCCCCGCCCCCUCCCCUCCCUCCGGCCCCUCCCCCCCACAUGGCGGGCUACGGUAAGGGAGGCUCGAUGGCGUCGGACUCCAAGCCUGGGGGAGACGCCAGGAGUGACCUGCUCUCAGCGAUACACAUGGGAAUCCAGCUGAAGCAGGUUCAGGAGCUUCAAGAGCAGCAGAACAAGCCGGUUGGGAACGACGUGGCGACCAUUCUGUCACGACGCAUCGCCGUAGAGUACAGCGACUCCGACGACGACUCAGAGCUCGAGGACAAUGAUUGGUCGGAUUAA